GUGCCUUUAAAUUGCUGCUUUCUGGAGGGUGCAUCACAGGGGGAGGUGGGAGGGAGGGAAACAUCUUCAUACAGUCUCCCUCCCCCCUCUCCUCCAAGACUCCCGGGUUUAGAGAGUGAUUGCUUCCCAAAAAGAAUCUCCUUCAGCACCCCGGCAGGCAGAGGCCCUCCGGAGACCCAGGCGAGCUCGAGCAGGAGCUGGUGGGGUUAUCUGUGUCAGGAUCACUUCCAGGGGAAUAGUUCUGGCCCCCUGACUGAGAGGGACGGGGCAAAGAAGAGAGAAGAGGGGAGGGAGCACUCCAGUCCUAGCCCGGCCCCUCUCACGUUCCCUUCGAGAGCUGCCUGAGCAGGAAGAAGGAUCUGUACUUUCGGCGUUCCUGCCCAGGGUAUCCCCUCUCACCUUGGCAGCCAGGCUGAGAAAAGGACUCCAGGGUCCCCACAGGAUGACAACUCUCAAUCCAGCAACCCUCUCUUUCCUUCUCCUCUGGACCCUGCCAGGGCAGGUCCUCCUCAGGGUGGCCUUGGCAAAAGAGGAAGUCAAACCUGGGACCAAGGGGUCCCAGCCCAUGUCCCCCUCUGAUUUCCUGGACAAGCUUAUGGGGCGAACAUCUGGGUAUGAUGCCAGGAUUCGGCCUAAUUUUAAAGGCCCACCUGUGAAUGUGACCUGCAAUAUCUUCAUCAACAGUUUUGGCUCCAUCACCGAGACUACCAUGGACUACCGGGUGAAUGUCUUCUUGCGACAACAGUGGAACGACCCACGCCUGGCCUACCGAGAAUAUCCUGAUGACUCGCUGGACCUCGAUCCCUCCAUGCUGGACUUGAUCUGGAAGCCAGACCUGUUCUUUGCCAAUGAGAAAGGGGCCAAUUUCCACGAGGUGACCACAGACAACAAGUUGCUGCGCAUCUUCAAGAACGGAAACGUGCUCUACAGCAUCAGGCUGACUCUCAUUUUGUCCUGCCCGAUGGACCUCAAGAACUUCCCCAUGGACAUUCAGACCUGCACGAUGCAGCUGGAGAGCUUUGGCUACACCAUGAAUGACCUCAUGUUUGAGUGGCUGGAAGAUGCUCCUGCUGUCCAAGUGGCCGAGGGGUUGACUCUGCCUCAGUUUAUCUUGCGGGAUGAGAAGGAUCUAGGCUAUUGUACCAAGCACUACAACACAGGGAAAUUCACCUGCAUCGAGGUAAAGUUUCACCUGGAACGACAGAUGGGCUACUAUCUGAUUCAGAUGUAUAUCCCCAGCCUACUCAUCGUCAUCCUGUCCUGGGUCUCCUUCUGGAUCAACAUGGAUGCUGCCCCUGCCCGAGUGGGCCUAGGCAUCACCACUGUGCUCACCAUGACAACUCAGAGCUCUGGCUCCCGGGCCUCUUUGCCUAAGGUGUCCUAUGUGAAGGCAAUCGACAUCUGGAUGGCCGUGUGCCUGCUCUUUGUAUUCGCUGCCCUGCUGGAGUACGCUGCUGUCAAUUUUGUCUCUCGUCAGCAUAAGGAAUUCAUUCGACUUCGAAGAAGGCAGAGGCGCCACCGCAUGGAGGAAGAUAUCAUCCAUGAAAGUCGCUUUUAUUUCCGUGGCUAUGGCCUGGGCCACUGCCUGCAGGCAAGGGAUGGAGGUCCAAUGGAAGGUUCUGGCAUUUAUAGCCCCCAACCUCCAGCCCCACUUCUAAGGGAAGGAGAAACCAUGCGAAAACUCUACGUGGACCAGGCCAAGAGGAUUGACACCAUUUCCCGAGCUGUCUUCCCUUUCACUUUCCUCAUCUUCAACAUCUUCUACUGGGUUGUCUAUAAAGUGCUACGAUCAGAAGAUAUCCACCAGGCACUGUGA